AUGAACCCGACCCACGGCGAUGCGAGAUCCGCUGGGUCACCGCCCAUCGACAGCCCUACAAAACUUGAGGGCACGCCUUCCCGAGACCGAGCAUCUCAGCAGAAGGGAGCGAACGGGAGCCAGACAGGCCAGGUUUGCAGAACCCCGCCAAUCUCCCACAAAACCGGCGGCUUCCUCGCCGGCGCCGGCGAAAACCGGGAAAAGCGCGGUGCUGAUGGUUGCAAUGGCUGCCCUGCGUACAACAACAGGAUCGCGAAACGGGCCCAACUCAAUGUCAAGGGUCAAGGGCCUAGUUGUAAGGCGGCUGAGAAGGCUGUUCAGGAGCCCGACGAGUCCAGGCCCAUUGAUAUUGCAGCCCUCAGGGCACAACCCCAGCACCCGAGCAAUACUCCCAUGGUUAUUGCCUGUCAAAACUGCGCCACAACCAUCACCCCUCUCUGGAGAAGAGAUGAGAGCGGUCACACGAUAUGCAACGCCUGUGGCCUUUAUUACAAGCUCCAUGGCGUGCACCGUCCCGUUACCAUGAAGAAGCCAACCAUCAAGCGUAGAAAGCGCGUUAUAGCUGCCCAAGAUGAUACCGAUAGCGUCGAGAUGGAAGGCUCCACACGUAGCGAGGAAGGGACUCCCGAGCGCGGAACCAUGAACGCCGACGGGUCCGUCAACCUAGGGCUGCGUAGGCGUCCCGACCAACCCCUCGCCAUCGACUCCCGGUCAGGAUACGCCAUCCCCGGCAGCCAACACUCGCCCGUCCCUCCCACCGAUCCCGCGGCCUAUCGAAGCCCGCAUGGUCCACAGCAUGGUAUCCCCAUGCAUAUGCCCAAGAAGCGAGUUCGGAGAGAGAAUCUGUUAAAGAAGGUCGAAGAGAAGCCAUUCGCCGCGAAGCAGAGAUGA